AUGUCCUACGACGAACAUUUCACUUUUACAACGGUUCCGUACUGGGUAAGCUUACACCCUCAAGCAUCGCGUGGUGCAUCAUCCUAUGUUGCACCACCACAACAGCAACCCCAGCAACAACUGCAAGGAUCUAGUGGACAGGUUCCCUAUUGGGUGACUGCCUACCCUCAAGCAUCACGAUCCUAUGCUGCGAGGAAAGAGCGAAGGUUGAACCAGUCAUGUAUGGAAUUACCCUCACAUCGUGUGAAGGUUCCGCAUGAGGAGAGAACCGAACAUAUACAAGCCUCCUAUUCCUUCUUAGCACCACAACCGGGGCCAGCAGGGUUCGCAGGAGGAACACGCUUGGAAUUCUUCAUUUCCUCAAGGGGAGAAGGAAAUGCGGGCGCGUUGCACGAUGGUGGAGAACAUUGA